GUAUUGCUGGGUCUUGUGUUGUGGUAUGGUUGGGGAGUCUCGAACUCGUGCAUCCCUCAUGAAUGAACUCCUCUGCUCUUGUGCUUUAAGAGGAUUAAGAAAUUGUACGGAGUUUUUUUUCCGCCGUCUCCCACCCCCCCUCAAAUUUUGUAUGCAUUUUUCUAAACUGUCAUGGCGUUUUGUGUCCUUGGAAAUAAAUGCGGGGGUAAAACCCAGUGUUCGGCAGCUGAUGGCCUGACUGAUGCAGCGACGGUGAAGAGAAACAUGAAGAUACAAAAUAAGGACAAACAGAUGUCUACCAUCCACUUACUAAAGCACACUCCAGCUACAGCAGCCUCUACUGCCACUGACCAAAAUGCACAAACUCCAUUUCCCAGCGGACCUUUAGGCUCCAAGGACCAGAUCAGGGUCCUAGGAGGCGGGCAGAUCAAUCACUGCAUGUCCCACGCCAAGCACCCCAGGAUGGGCGAGGCGGGCACUAGUUCAGGCAGCCUCAGCCCCUGCGCCCCCUCGUCACCCCUCAGUAGCGAGGAGGACGAUGGAGGAGGCGGGCGGCGGGCGAAGAAGAAGAAACGAAAGAAAAAAGACAAAAAGGGCGAGCCUGGUGCCGCCUGGCAGCACAAGGGCUCGGAGAAGGACAACAAACCAAAGAAAAAGAGGCAGCAGAAAGAAGGGAAGGAGCUGCUGCCAUGCAAGUCUAAGGCGCCCAAGAAGUUGGAGGUCAAGGUGAAGGAGGUGAAGUCGCCGAAAGAGACACCAAAAGAGGUGAAGAGAGGGAGGAAACCCAAGGUGCAGGCCCCGCCCCUGGCCAAGCCCCCUGCAGAAUGCAAGAGCGCCCCAUCUCCUCCCAGGCAGAGGGGCCGCAAACCCAGAGAGCAAGUCCUACAAGGGCCGGUACCAGUGGAGAAGAAGAAAAAGGGCAAGAGGAAAAGCGUGGCUGUCCUCCAGGAGGCUGGAGAGAGCGACGACGCGGCCUCCCUGUCCACGCUGGUCGUGGGGGGAGAGGAGAGCAUCGACCCCCUUGACAACACUAAGCGUCGCUCAGGGCGACAGGUGAAGCGCAGAAAGUACAACGAGGACCUGGACUUUAAGGUGGUAGAUGAUGACGGGGAGACCAUCGCCGUGCUGGGGACAGGCCGUAUCCCUGCCCUCAACGCUGCCACUCUCGCCUGGCAGGCUGAGGAGCCCCCUGAAGAUGAGGCAAACAUCAUUGAGAAAAUCCUGUCGGUUCGUACUGCGAAGAAAGAGGCAUCCCCUGAGGAGACACCUGAGGAGUCAGAGGAGUUCUAUGUCAAGUACAGAAAUUUCUCCUACCUCCAUUGUAAGUGGGCAACCUUAGAGGAUUUGGAGAAGGACCCUCGCAUACACCAAAAAAUCAAGCGCUUCAGGACUAAGCAGGCCCAAAUGAAGCACAUAUUUGUUGAGCCUGAUGAAGACCUCUUUAACCCUGACUACAUAGAGGUGGAUCGAAUUCUGGAGGUGGCCAUCACUACAGACACAGAGACAGGAGAGGAGGUGACACACUACCUAGUGAAAUGGUGCUCCCUGUCCUAUGAGGAGGCUACAUGGGAGCUUCAAGAGGAUGUGGACCCGGGGAAGAUUCGGGAGUUCGAGGAGAUCAAGAGGAUCCCUGAAUACAAAUUUGUGGAGAGACCGCAGCCAGACAAGUGGCAGAAGCUGGACAAGUCCAAAGACUACCGAAAUGGGAAUCAGCUGAGAGAGUACCAGCUGGAAGGCAUGAACUGGCUGCUCUUCAACUGGUACAACAGGAAGAACUGCAUCCUGGCUGACGAGAUGGGCCUGGGGAAGACCAUCCAGUCCAUCACCUUCCUCUUUGAGAUGUUUUCCAUGGGCCUGCGGGGGCCCUUCCUCAUCAUCGCCCCCCUCUCCACCAUCACCAAUUGGGAGAGGGAGUUCCGUACCUGGACGGAGAUCAAUGUCAUCGUCUACCACGGCAGCCAGAUCAGCCGCCAGAUGAUCCACCAGUACGAGAUGUACCACAAGGACCAGCAGGGAAAUAUAGUGUCGGGCGGGUACAAGUUCCACGGGGUGAUCACCACCUUUGAGAUGAUCAUGGCCGACUGUCCAGAGCUGAAGAAGAUCCACUGGCGCUGCGUGGUCAUCGACGAAGCCCACCGCCUCAAGAACCGCAACUGUAAACUCCUGGAGGGCCUCAAGCUCAUGAACCUGGAACACAAAGUCCUCCUGACGGGUACCCCUCUGCAGAACUCGGUGGAGGAGCUCUUCAGUCUUCUCAACUUCCUGGAGCCCCUACAGUUCCCCUCUGAGAGCCUCUUCCUAGAGGAGUUUGGAGAUCUGAAGACUGAGGAACAGGUGAAGAAGCUGCAGGCCAUCCUGAAGCCCAUGAUGCUGCGGCGGCUGAAGGACGACGUGGAGAAGAACCUGGCACCCAAGGAGGAGACCAUCAUUGAGGUGGAGCUCACCAACAUGCAGAAGAAGUACUACCGUGCCAUCCUUGAGAAGAACUUCACCUUCCUGGCCAAGGGGGCCAACCAGCAUAACAUGCCCAAUCUCAUCAACACCAUGAUGGAGCUGCGCAAGUGCUGCAACCACCCCUACCUGAUCAAAGGUGCGGAGGAGAAGAUCCUGGAUAGCUUCAGGAAAACACACAGCCCCGAUGCCUGGGACUUCAACCUCCAGGCCAUGAUCCAGGCGGCGGGGAAGCUGGUGCUCAUCGACAAACUGCUGCCUAAGCUUAUUGCUGGCGGCCACAAGGUGCUGGUCUUCUCCCAGAUGGUGCGCUGCUUGGAUAUCCUGGAGGACUACCUCAUCCAGAGGAGGUACACCUAUGAGCGCAUCGAUGGCAGAGUGCGGGGGAACCUGCGCCAGGCUGCGAUUGACAGGUUCUGUAAGGUGGACUCAGACCGCUUUGUGUUCCUGCUGUGUACUCGUGCUGGGGGCCUAGGCAUCAACCUGACCGCUGCAGACACCUGCAUCAUCUUCGACUCGGAUUGGAACCCCCAGAAUGACCUACAGGCCCAAGCUCGCUGCCACCGCAUCGGCCAGAGUAAAGCAGUGAAGGUGUAUAGACUGAUCACUAGGAACUCCUAUGAGAGGGAGAUGUUUGACAAAGCCAGUCUGAAGCUGGGUCUAGACAAGGCCGUGCUGCAGGACAUCAAUCGAAAGGGCAGCCUCAAUGGGAUGCAGCAGAUGACCAAGAUUGAGGUGGAGGACCUGCUGAGGAAGGGGGCAUAUGGAGCGCUGAUGGACGAGGAGGACGAGGGCUCCAAGUUCUGCGAGGAGGACAUCGACCAGAUCCUGCAGCGCCGUACACAAACCAUCACCAUUGAGACAGAGGGCAAGGGCUCCACCUUCGCCAAGGCCAGCUUUGUGUCUUCUGGAAACAGAACUGAUAUUUCCCUGGACGAUCCCAACUUCUGGCAGAAAUGGGCCAAAAUAGCAGAGCUGGAGAUUGAUUCCAAAGCAGAGAAGGAGAGCCUGGUGAUUGACACGCCUCGUGUGAGGAAGCAGACACGCCACUACAACUCGUUCGAGGAUGACGAGCUGAUGGAGUUCUCAGAGCUGGACAGCGACUCAGAAGAGAGGCCCUGUCGCACCCGCCGCCUCAGCGAGAGGAACAGACACUACCUCCGCGCUGAGUGCUUCCGCGUCGAGAAGAACCUGCUCAUAUUCGGCUGGGGUCGCUGGAAGGACAUCCUGACCCACGGGCGCUUCAAGUGGCAACUGGCCGAAUGUGACAUUGAGGUGCUGUGCCGGUCGCUGCUGGUCUACUGCGUGCGCCACUACAAGGGCGACGACAAGAUCAAGAGCUUUAUCUGGGACCUCAUCACACCCGCCAAGGAUGGCCAUAAACAGGACUUGCAGAACCACUCUGCAGGUCUGUCGGCCCCAGUGCCCAGGGGACGCAAGGGUAAGAAAUUAAAGAACCAGCUGAGUGUGCCUGAGAUGAAGCAUGCAGACUGGCUGGUCAACUGCAACCCAGAGGUGGUGCUGCAUGACGACAGCUACAAGAAACACCUCAAACAGCACUGCAACAAGGUACUUCUGAGGGUGAGGAUGCUGUACUACCUGAAGGCAGAGGUCCUGGGAGAGGCUGCUGCCCAGUUCCUGGAGGGUAUUCCUGCCAGUAAACUGGAGGUGGCACUGCCUGACAUCGACUACAUCGAGAUCCCAGCAGGCUGGUGGGAUGCAGAGGCAGAUAAGUCUCUCCUCAUAGGGGUACACAAACACGGGUACGAGCGGUACAACGCCAUGCGGGCCGACCCAGAGCUGUGUUUCUUGGAGAGGGUGGGCAUGCCUGAUGUCACAGCGCUCUCAGCCGAGCAGAGUGGAGGAGAGGUGAUGGCUGACCUCACUGACAGUAAUUGCAAAAGUGAUGACGUGAAAGACGAUCCUGAAAGCAAGCAAGAGGAGGGAGUGGAAAGGGUUGAUAAUAAGGAUGAAACCAGCUCCAGCAAUGAUGCAAUGGACAAGCAUGACAUUGUUGUUCAAGACAUAGGACACAGGGUCCAGGAGGGCUUUGGCCAGGAAGAAUUGGGCCAGGAGGGCAUGGAGCUGAAGGGUCGCCCUCUGUGGCCCGCCGGCCCUAAUCUUACUGCCAGGCUGCGUCGCCUCAUCACAGCUUACCAGCGCUUCAUGCGGCGCGAGCCCCUGCGUCAUGACUUCUUGCUGCCAGGGGCAAGCCCGGGACCGAUGUCCUGGCAACUGGGGGAGGAGCUUAGGCACUGCACGGCAACCGCUGCCAAACCUGACCCUCUCUUCCUGGAGUGGCAGAGAAGGUGGGUGAUGAUGUCAGAGCAAAGCAGGUGGACCCGGCGAGAGCAAGCAGAUUUCUACCGCACCGUGUCGUCGUUCGGCGUGGUGUACGACCCGGAGAAGAAAACCUUUGACUGGAGUCAGUUCCGCUCCUUCGCCCGGCUGGAGAGGAAAACGGACGAGAGCCUGGAGAGAUACUUCAGCAGCUUUGUGUCCAUGUGCCGCACUGCCUGCAGAUUGCCCCCCAGGAAGGACGAAGGUAACUACUCCACAGGAGGCAGAGCAAGAGAGCUUGCCCUUAAAGGGCCUCUGGACCACAAUCUGUUUGUAGAGCCCAUCACGGAGGAGCGAGCAGCACGCACUCUCUACCGCAUCGAACUGCUGCGCAAGGUCAGAGAGCAGGUGCUGCGCCACCUGCUGCUGGGCCCACGGCUGCAACUGUGUCGGCCCAGCCUUUACCUGCCCGUGUGGUGGGAGUGUGGCAAACACGACCGCGACCUCCUGAUUGGGGCAGCCCGCCACGGUCUUAGCCGCACCGACUACUACAUCCUCAACGACCCGCAACUCUCUUUCCUGGAGGCCCACCGCAACUAUGUCCAGAAGGAGAAUCACAAGGGCUACCAUCCUGGGGUGCACCACGCAGGCAUGACCCCCUCGCCCCACCACCACCCCUGCUGCCUGUACGAAACGGGCCUCGGCCAAUGCCACUCUCCCCAGCCGCCGGAGUACCACCACCCAGCCACCCCCUCCUCCUCCUCGUCGAUCCAUGCCCAUUCUCACCCGCACAUCCACGUCCAUGGUCACCCGCCAGAGAUAGUGGGCACAGAUCCCGGGGGCAGCCUAGGUAUGGUGUCUGGGCCCAGGGAGAGCUUCCUGGACUGCCCCCCUCUGGAUGAGUCCUUAGAAUUGGCCUCACUGCAGCAAGAGGGCCUGGCCUCAGAUUCCCUCCAUUGCAAGUCUGCCAAGGAGGCCUUCAACGGGUUCCCCUUCAACUCAGCGCAGGGUGGCCAGAGCAUGCUCAACUCGUAUGGUGUGCAGGGGGAGCUGAAUGGUGAGCAGUCGACCGAAAUGGACCCUAUAAUCUCGGGCAAGCUGCGCAGCGACGUGUUGGUGGGGGAGCAGGGUUCCUCUGAGGAGACGGGCCUCAUGGCGCCCUCACUGGAGCUGGACCAGGAGCUGCAAGCGCCCUGGGAGAGCACGGACCACGCCGGCGCCGCAGACAUUUUCAACGACGCUGACCCUAUCCUGGGGGCGCCCGCCCUUGAGACGGAGUUCCUGGACCCCGAAGAGCAGCCGGAAGAUGGGGGAAGGGAGGACAGAGUAGGGGGAGUGCUUGAUGACUGCCUGGGUAUCCCCCCCUCCCAGAGCGACCCAGGGGAACCGCUACCCUCCAGUUUUAUGCUGUUCAAGGACAUCGGCGUGAGCGAGGAGGAGCCUGCUGAGGAGCACACCGACCUCUCCGCAAGCUGCCCUUCACCCUACGUCCCCCCUCCGCCCCUGUCGCUGUCCCAUAUGACCUUGUACCCCCACCACCAGGGUGAUGCCGAGGAGCCAGAGGAGAAGCUGAGCAACUCGGACGCCGUUGCCCACAUGCCCAGCUCCAAGGAGAGAGAGGGAGAGGAUGAUGUGGCCUUUGAGUUUGACAAAGAGAUGUCUGUGGACAGUCUGUAUCUGGUGGGGCCGGAGCAGGGCCUGGAAGCAUCAGGUAUAUCAUGUGAAGACUCUCACCAAGAGGAGCCCUUCGAGGGUGCCUGCGAUGGGACGGGAAUGGGAUCUCCAGUAGAGUCAUUUGAGGCUGCUCUAGAGGGGCCAAGGGAAGAGACUUUAGAAAGGGACAUGGCCUUAGGGCCAGGGGAGGAGGGGCUUCUAGAAGGGCAGUUUGAAGAACCCUUGGAGAUGUCAGCCAUGGAUCCCCAGGAGGAGGAACCAGUGGAGGGGCCUCUGGAAGACUCUUGUAAAGACCCAGCACCAGAAGAACCUUUCGAAGGGCCAUUGGAGGAGUGUUACGAUGUAGAACCAGAAGGGGCCUCCGAGGGGCCUGCCGAAGCAGAGAGCACUUUCAGCGAACACACACUACCCACUGUUGAUGCAACAGACUCUCUGCCCCCGUCCCCCUCAGUCCCCACGUCCCAGCCUGAGCCACAGAUCAAACUGGAGUUCCCUCUGGACCCAGAGAGCUCUGAGAGCAAGUCGGACAUCCUGGAGCCUGACAGCACUGUCUUCACGCCCAAACUGGAGCAGACAAAGGGGCUGCUGGAAGUGAAGGACGAGAUCGAGGAGAGGCCCCAAAAAAGGGGGGAAACUCCAGCCUCCGUGGUGGACAGCUAUGUAGAGGUGGCACGGUUUGCAGCCCCCAUGUCCAUGUGUGAGAUGCCUGACAGUCUGCAGGACGCGAGGGAGCCUACCAUCGCCCAACUGCUGCAGGAGAAAGCCCUCUACUCCUUCUCUGAGUGGCCAAAGGAUCGGGUGAUCAUCAACCGCCUGGACAGUAUAUGUCACGCCAUCUUGAAGGGGAAGUGGCCCUCGUCCAGCCAGCAGUAUGACUCUCCCAGCUCUCUGGCAAACACCUGUGUGCCCAACAGUGUGCACCAGAGGGCUGGCUUCAUCUCAACCAGGGUACAGCCAUCCCAGAACCUUAACUUCAACAUCCCAGCCCCUUCUGUCACCCGCCUGCCCAAGUACAAGCAAAGAGGUGCCGGAGAAUGCAGCACAGGAGGCUGGAGGUUGACAUCCUUGCCUCUCUUGCAGGAGAGGCUGGUGGCGCCGCCCUAUCUGCCCGAAUUAAAGCGGGGUAGGCGGUCGUUUGAGUACGAGAGCGUGGUGCUCAGCAAGCAGUGCCACUCAGGGGAGAAGAUGCCCCUAACGGUGCCGCACCGAGGCGGGGCGCUGCUGCUCAACGGCUGGCAGGAGGCGGCCAUGGACCUCUCCAAGGCCGGGGAUCUGGGCAUUGGGGGCGAAGUGGCAGCCACUGUAGACCACAUGAGCCACCAGGUCCACCCUAGUUCCCACAAACUGCCUGCCAUGGGCGCCAUGCAGAGUGUCAUUCAGAGUGCCAUGCAGGGCUCGGUGGGAGUAGACAUGGCCGGGAUCCUGCAGGCAGGUCUCAUCCACCCCGUCACCGGCCAAAUCGUCAAUGGCAACCUGAGGCGCGACGAUGCCUUCAUGCGCCGAAGGCGAGGCAGACGGAGAAACGUGGAGGCUGUUGACAUGGGGUUCGUCAAGAGCAGAGGAAUGCACGUGCCGGAACAACAGGGUAGGGUAGAAGUCAUCAGCCAUUCUGCGGUGUCGUCCACCUCCUCCCCACUGGAGUGCCCCCCGGGACCCUCCACACCCACCCAGCCAGAGGUGGUGGCCAUCGACAGAGAGGCUGCCAACAAGGGCCUGAUGGAAUGGCUGCGGCAGAAUCCUAACUACAACAUGGAACUGCCCACUUUUGUACCGUCUCCUGGCGCAGCGAUGUUGCACAGCUUUGUGGAGCGGCCCAAACAGCGGAGACAUCGCUGCAAAGACCCCACCAAGCUGGACGUCAACUCCCUAACAGGGGAGGAGAGGGUGCCCGUGGUCCACAGAAGCACUGGCCGCAGGCUUGGGGGUGCUAUGGCUCCAGCAAUCAAGGAGCUCUCCCGAUGGCUGGAUGCGAAUACUGAGUACUACGUGGCACCCGACUGGGCAGAUGUUGUGAAACACUCUGGCUUUCUUCCCGAGGGAAAGUACACGCGCAUACUCACAGAGCCCGUGUGUCGUGACCAAGGGCCCCGCCGCCGGGGCCGUCGUCCUCGCAGCGAGAUGCCCAAGCCCCUCCUCUCGGAGUCACCCAUGGGCCCACUCUUCAUGAACGGCAGCCUGAUCGGCAGCAUGGACUUGGUCAGCCUCCAGAACCUCCGCAAUGUCCAGGGCAUCCCACUCACGGGCCUGAUGGGAUUCCCCCAUGGCUUCGCCGUGUCCGCUGGUGAAGAUGCCAAGAACGGCCUGAGCAUGCUUCCCAUGAUGCUCCACGGCAUACAUGGCUCCCCCCACAUGUUCAGUGUUCAGGGGCUGAUGGGGCAGCCGCCCACAAGCUCCGCUCCCACCUCCUCAGCGACUGCAGUUAGCACCACUACGGCUUCCUCCGCGGCCAGUAGCCCCUCACGAGGCCCCAGCCAGGCGUCUUCGAGCACACAGGCAGAUGGCUCCGGCAUGCAGUCUGACGGAGAGAGAAAGAGGGAGGACAAGCAGUCGACAGAGGAAAAGCAACUAGGUGCGAUAGGCAGCCACAGCAUCGCAGCCAUCACCACUGCGGCGGCCAGCAGCAGCAGUGGCGUCAGCAGUAGCAGUGGCAGCCACCUGGCCUUCAACCCUUUCCUUGUUCCAGGGUUGUCCCAUGGACUGCUGUACCCUCACAUGUUCCUCCCACACGGGGGCAUCAUGGCACUGCCAGGCAUGCCGCCCACAGAGUCCUCCGGCAGCCCUAAGAGGAAGAAGAAAAGAACAAGGGAGGAAGGGGUGGUGGAGGAGGCAAGCAGCCACAGCCACUUACAGACAGACAGUGGGCCUCCGAAAACACCCAGCGAUGGUCAGACUGGGGAGAGCACGGUUGACCAGGCCGGGCCGGAGGCUAGGGAGCAUCAGAAGGAGGACAACGUUCAGGAGGAGGUCACGGGACACGACUCCCAUGCUUCUCCAGAGAACCCAGAGAAGAGCAUUGAAGAGGAGAGAGAAACAAAGGAGAAUAGAGUGAUGGAGGAGGAAAAACUGCCUGGAGAUGAGGAGGAGAGAGAGCCAAGGGGGGCACAGGAUUCACAAUAGACAUCUCCCUCUUUCUUACCGUGCAAAAGUGUAAAGUUUGUGGUGUGUAAGUUAAUGUUCCUGUAAAGACUUUUAUUAUCCACUUAAUGUUUAUAGAGCUCCUGCCCUGUAGCAAACUUGUGAUUAUGUUAAACUGUAUAUACCCACACAUGCUCCAUUCAAGAACUUCAUGAAAGUGAUGGACACUCCUGCAUGCAAACACACACUUGCAAGCAACUGAAGGGAGGAACUGCUAAUCAGUAUUACAGAUCAAGUCACAGAUCAAGCAGCCUUGGCGGUCUGCUGCAUCAUGAUCGUGGCACUUUAAAGCUGCAAUAUGUAACUUUUUAGGCAACCUGACCAAAUUCACAUAGAAAUGUGAGAUAUAGAUCUGUCAUUGUCAUUGAAAGCAAGUCUAAGAAGCGGUAGAUCUGUUCUGUGCGCUAUU